UCCGGAAGUGCUCAGAGUGCAGCUUUAUAACCGCACACGUAAACAUGCCGUCGCCUCUGAGCUACUUUAAACCCGCAUUUUCUCGCUUUUCUCACUUUUCUCACUUUUGUCGCGUUUUUCCGCAGCUCCGGAGCCGAAACGUCCAACCGAGGCGGCGCACAUCAAACGAACACCCCGGUCACCAUGACAACCGCGUUGACGGUGUUCGUCCACUAGAUGGAGUCAGAGUCCUGGAUUUGACCAGAGUUCUGGCCGGUCCCUUCGCCACAAUGCUCCUGGGAGAUCUGGGAGCAGAGGUCAUCAAAGUGGAGAAACCAGGUUCAGGAGACGACACGAGAUCCUGGGGUCCUCCGUUUGUGGGGUCACAGAGCGUUUACUUCCUCAGCGUCAACAGGAACAAGAAGAGCAUCGCCGUGGACAUGAAACACCCACGAGGAGCUGGAGUCAUCAGAGAGUUGGCCCGUGUGAGCGACGUCCUGGUGGAAAACUUUCUUCCGGGGAAACUGUCGGAGUUUGGUCUGGGACCCGAGCAGCUCCGAGAACAGAACCCACAACUCAUCUACUGCUCCAUCUCAGGUUAUGGUCAGUCUGGUCCUUCGUCUCUCAGUCCUGGAUACGACUCCAUUUUGUCUGCAGUGUCGGGAAUGAUGCACAUCACCGGACCUGAGGGGGGUGACCCGGUGCGACCUGGUGUGGCGAUGACAGAUUUGGCGACUGGACUUUACGCUCACGGCGCCGUCAUGGCCGCCCUGCUCCAGAGACACAAGACCAAGACCGGAGCCCACAUCGACUGUAACCUGCUCUCCUCUCAGGUGUCCUGUCUGAGUCACAUCGCUGCAAACUUCCUAAACUCUGGACAAGAGGCCAAACGCUGGGGCACCGCCCACGGGAGCAUCGUCCCCUACCAGGGGUUCGGGACUCGAGACGGACACAUCGUGGUCGCCGCGGGAAACGACACUCAGUUUGUGCGAGUGUGUCAGGUGCUCGGUCUGGACGAGCUGGCACACGAGCCCAAAUAUAAAACCAACAAACUCCGAGUCCAGAACAGGAAACAGCUGCUGUCUGUGAUGUCACAGCGGUUUGCCGAGGAGACGACGUCUGAUUGGCUGAGGAGGUUCGAGGGGUCAGGUGUUCCGGUCGGACCAAUCAACAGCAUCCAGCAGGUGUUCAGUGACCCUCAGGUGAAGCACAACGACCUGAUCCAAGACCUGAAGCAUCCGACAGCAGGAACCAUCCGAGUCCCAGGUCCGGCGGUUCGGUUCAGUUCCUUCUCGCCUCUAAGCCCCGCCCCCCCUCCUCUGAUUGGCCAGCACACGGUCAGCGUCUUGACAGGAAGUCUGCACUACAGCGAACAGGAAGUGACAUCACUGCUGCAGAGCGGCGCCGUGGCCCAGAGUCCGGACGUGUGAUUGGACGAGAGUCGGACCCGCGACUCGGCAGAACAGCGCCGGAAAAACGACGACAAACCAGGAAACACGGAUCAUCCCAGAACUCACCAAUCAGACCAACCCGCCGUGUGUGUCGGAGUCUCUGAUUGGUUCAAUUAAACUGUCAGUCAUUUCCCUUCAAUUCAAAGUUCUUUAGUUGAAGUGGAACACUCCUGUGAGUUUAAGUGUGACCAGAUUUUAUUUAUAAUGAAGUGAAACUGUUUUGCACUCGUCCCAAACAUGAGUCAGUUUAGUCACGUUUUCUCUGUGUUUCGUUUUUUAAUCAGAUUUUGUGUAUUUUACUUAAACAAAUAUCAGUUUGUUUUUCUCUUCACUGCUGCAGGAUCGAAUUUGUCCAAAAUAGAGACACCGGGACAUUUCUUGUAGUGGUUUUGUGUAAAUCUGUGGGGACAGAGGACACAGGCUCAGAGCCGGGACGGUCCCCGGGGACACGGGGACGGUCCCGGGGACGGGGACACUGGGACACGGGGACGCGGGGACACUGGGACACGGGGACGCGGGGACACUGGGACGGUCCCGGGGACACGGGGACACUGGGACGCGGGGACACGGGGACACGGGG